AUGAAGAUGUUCUUUAUCAUUCUACUUCUUGUAGCCCCUACGUUCCAAUGGGCUUUAGUAACACCAAACGACUUUCGGACUGGAGGCUCAGGCAGAGGAGUACCGCUUUACCAGCAACAAGCUUCUCAGCCAGAAGAGCCACCAAUGUAUAUGAUGAAUCCAUUCGUUAGUCCUUUAGCUAGGAAAUGGAGAAAACUAAGAAGCCGUAGAGAUCAAGAAAACAGACUGGCAUAA